AGCCGCGUUUGGCAGCCGGGGAAGGCAACGUUAUAAAAAGCCUUUGUCUUGGGAAUCGGCAUCGCAUCUCUCCUGCCGCCCGACGUGCUGCCGGCGGGGGCGAAAGCCACAUUUUCGGCUCGUUUGUUCUUUUCGCCGCCCCAGGCAUGUCUUGACACAGCCGCGAGAGAGCCCGGCGUUUCCAUGCACUUCCGACGGAUGUCUUCGGCUGGGGCGAGAGCGGUGGGGGUUUGAGACUUUGUAGUGUAUCUCGGUGCGAGCGUCUGUGAGAUUCCCAUGAUCGCAGUGUGAAGGAGGAAGAACUGGGAGAAAGAAGCGGUUGUGGUGGUUUCUCUUCUCGCUGGGUCAGCCUUCCUGGAUGGUUGCGUUACUGUCUUGGGGACACAUUGUCAAGCGCGCACAGAGAAACAGGCUUGAUUAUUUCCCCCCGUGUUUGGUUUCCGUCGUGAUCUCUGUGCAGAAAUCACCACUUUUCUCCCAGUUCGCCGGUCCGCACUGAGCAGCAGGAAUAUGCUCAUGAAGGAGUACCGGAUCUGUAUGCCUCUGACAGUUGAAGAGUACAGAAUUGGACAGCUGUACAUGAUCAGCAAGCACAGCCAUGAGCAGAGUGACCGAGGGGAGGGUGUGGAAGUGGUGCAGAAUGAACCCUAUGAAGAUCCCAACCAUGGCAAUGGGCAGCUAACAGAAAAACGUGUCUAUCUCAACAGCAAACUGCCUAGCUGGGCUAGAGCAGUUGUUCCCAAAAUAUUUUAUGUUACAGAGAAGGCCUGGAAUUAUUAUCCUUACACAAUCACAGAAUACACAUGUUCGUUUUUGCCUAAAUUCUCCAUUCAUAUAGAGACAAAAUAUGAGGACAACAAAGGAAGCAAUGACAGUAUUUUUGACAAAGAAGCUAAAGAUCUGGAGCGAGAAGUCUGCUUUAUUGAUAUUGCCAGCGAUGAGAUUCCCGAGCGCUAUUACAAGGAAUCAGAGGAUCCCAAAUACUUCAAGUCACAGAAAACUGGGAGAGGCCAAUUGAAAGAAGGCUGGAGAGAGACCCAUCAGCCAAUUAUGUGUUCCUACAAACUUGUGACUGUGAAAUUUGAAGUCUGGGGACUUCAAACCAGAGUAGAGCAAUUUGUACACAAGGUGGUCAGAGAUAUCCUCCUGAUCGGUCACCGGCAGGCGUUUGCUUGGGUGGAUGAGUGGUAUGACAUGACAAUGGAUGAAGUCCGAGAGUUUGAACGAGCCACUCAGGAAGCUACCAACAAGAAGAUCGGGAUUUUCCCACCUGCAAUAUCUAUCUCUAACAUUUCCAUGCCUUCCUCAACCCGCAGUGCUCCAUCUAGUGCUCCAUCAACUCCUCUCUCCACAGAUGCUCCUGAUUUCCUAACAGUUCCCAAAGAUCGGCCUCGGAAAAAGUCUGCUCCAGAAACUCUCACUCUUCCAGAUCCAUCCAAAAAAACCUUUUAAAUUAACCCUGCAUGCUUCCUCCUGAUAAGCCAUGUCUGCCACAGCAAGAGUGACAUAACUCAGUUGCUACAAAGGUCGUGGUGGUUUGUUGGUUGGUUUUUUUGUUUGUUUCAAAUAAUCUUUCCAGUGUGGAAAGAUGAUUCCUUUCUUCAGACCUGAUCCUUAAAACCUUCUGAAAAAGUGCAUGCAAGAGAAAGUAGUUUAUAUAUUCCUAAAGUAGUGUUUCAAGCCAUAUGGUGCAUCUUACUGACAUCAAUGGAACAGUCUGAGGGGAUGCUAUAAACGAAAACCAAUCUUUCUGUAGCAGUAUUCUGCCUGCAAACCCUCAUCUAGGUCACAGCAUUUAUAAUUAGGAGUAGAUAUUAAGUAAAUCUGCCAAGGACUUCUGAGGCAAAUUAGUGCCAACUAGAAUGCAGGGUUAACAGAAAAAAAACCCUCCCAUUUUCUUCUUUUAUAACCAAUUUUAAAAUCUUUCCCACUCUCAGGCUUCUCCUGUGUGUUCAUUAACCUGUAGCUCAUUGUACUUGAACACCAACAGAUCCACAUUUCGCUUAAUAUGACUCAGGAUUUGGGGCCUAAAACACGAAACACAAAUAUUUUCAAACCUAAAAUAUCACUGUAUCAAAGCCCCAGUUGUAAUUAAUUAUACUGACUUUGAGGCCAUUGAACUAUUUCUACCUUGCACAGAAUUUGUAAAAGGAACCACCUAUUUCUUGUAGAUAAUGUAUUUUACUAGCUCUCCCCUGUCCUUUUGUGAGCUCAGAGUGUUGGUGUUCAUCAGUGGUGUUCUGUGACAUUGAGAAAAGCAGCUGAAUUGUGCCAGUUAAGAAACAAAAGCAAUGAAUUCUAUCUUUUCCUCGCUGGAAGAAGAGUGGUAGUUAGGCUGGGAGACCUUGAAUGUAAAAAGAAGAAAACAGGACACUCCUUUUUCUUCCCUGCCUCACAUCUUUGGUAAACAGAACAAUCAGAUAGAGCUGGGUCCAGGCACUGCCUCGUUUGGGGAAGGGGGACAAAAUCAGUCACUUCAAAAAGCAGAGAAAUUGUGGGUGAUGUUAAGGAGCCAGAAGUGUUCUUCCUGGUCUGUGUGUGAAAUCACUCUUCAAUCUCAGGAAUUCAAUUGUAGACAAGGAUGUUUCCCAGAGGGAAGUGUAGACAGUGGAAGAAGGAGAAAAAUAAAUUGCAGGAGUGGUCUCUUCCUUCCUCUUCAAAGCAUGAACUGGGUGAGACCCUUUCCCUGCUGCCCCCGCUUUGGGGCACUUUGCUCUCUUCCACAAAAGCUGUUGUUCCGUGGCUGCUGCAGUUCCUGUCUCUUGGUGACAUCAAUGAGCCACUGUUAAGUCCCAGGGAAUGACAGCUCCUACCUGAAUUAUGAUCCCAGUGGAGGGAUACUUUGUGCCACCACUGAUGGUUCAUGGAUUGAGAAAUAAAGAGACUUCUCCUGAGCUGAGCUGUCACUGAAUAUUGAACACUCAGUUUGGGGGUGCCCAAGCCUGGGCACAGUGGCUGAAAUGCACAGAGCUCCUCACUGGCUGCAGCUGCAGCACAAGUUUUGUGGAAUGUGUGGUAUUUAGGGGGAUGUUUUGGGAGCAGAAGUAAUGCCACUGCCAACCUGCACUGAAACAAGUGUUCAUUUGUCUGAUAGUGAAAAUCCUGCAGCCAGCAAAAUCCAGGAGCUCUCUGUGAGUUUGCUGUGGUCUGACUUCCUGCAUUCUCCCAUGUCCCAUCCAUGCUUGGCUUUACUUUUCUUCCCAGAGCUGGUAAUUCCAAGUCACUGGUGACCUGACAGUGAUGCUGUUUUGUUUAAAAAGAAGUCGCAGUAAUACUGAAAACAAAACUUCCCUACGUUGGUUUAUGAUUUCAGCUUAAUAAGGGUGCACAUUAUGGAAUCAUAGCAUCAAGUGUAAUGUUUUCAUUGUCAUUAUUGAUUUAGUAUCAAGAUUGGAACAUUGGCAGCAAAGGGAAAGCAUUGUUUGGUUGUUUUCUCAUUGCCUGACUUUGGCCUAUACCAAAGUAGUUCAGAUUUGCUCCACCUGAAAAUCUGUUUCAAUGGAUUUUUAAUUUGUCUAAGACAAAUUUGCUCAGCUCU